AUGCUCCGACGCGCCCUCCCCAUCCACCCACCCAUCCCCAAACCAAUGACAGCUCCAGCCCCAGCACGACCAAAAGCCGAAUCCCCCAAACCCCUCUUCAGCGGCAACUUCCCAACCCUCCAAACCUUCACCGAAGACACCGCAACCCCAACUUUCCACAGCCGCAUCCUCCCCGCCAUAAAACACGACCACCACGAACUCGAAUCCCACAGCAACAAGAUCCUCUCCUCAACAAACCCAAACGAAAAAACCCGCUUCCAAAACCAAUUCGUCUGGGAACUAGCCCGCCACCUAAUCGGCGAGGAACUCAUCGUCUACCCAGCGCUGAUCGAGUCCCUCCCAGACGGACAGGGAGUAGCAGAUAAAAACAGACUCGAGCAUCAGGGCGUGAAGCAGCAGUUGAAGGCGUUCCAGGGUCUUGAGUCUACGGAUACGAGGUUUGUGCCGACGCUUAAGGGGCUCAUGCGCGAUUGGGGGAUUCAUGCUAGACAUGAGGAGGAGGUGGACUUGCCCAGGCUUGAGGAGUUGUUGUCCAAGGAGGAGAGUGUUGAGUUGACUAAGUCCCUGGAUCGGGUUAAGAUCUUUGUUCCUUCCAGAUCGCAUCCGCUUGCGCCUACGGAGCCGUCCUUUGAGACGGCUGUUGGGCUUUUGACGGCCCCGAUUGAUCUUUUGGCGGAUUUGUUCCGGAAGUGGCCUGAUGGGAAGGAGAAGAAGUAG